AUGCUUCAUUCGAGCUCACAAGCCACAUCAUCAUCAACACCCGGAAAGAGCCGGCUUGUGUUUGGAAAACUUUUAAUUUUGAUCAUAGCGAUAGCAAUUUUAUUUUCAACAACAAGGUUGAAUUUUGGAGUUGAAGGACAUAUUAUUACUUUUAGGAGCGAAAAUAUCACUAUACCAACACAACAACCAAGGGAAUUGGACAAGUAUGAAUUGGGAAUGUACGCUCGAAAUGAUUUACCAUUGAAUUUUUUGAUUAGACCUAUCGCCAAUGGUGAUACAUUUGUGAAAGUGCAAUUGGCUGUGUCACGAUCAACCAUUCCCAAAGAACAUACUAAAUUGAUUGUACUAAUGGGACGCACAAAGGCCGUUGAAUCUGCUAAAUUAGACGAUACAAGAACAGCAUGUGCUUUGAAAAGCGUUCCUUCAAACAUUUUACUGUAUCGCUCGUUAACACCCGAUGAUGACAUUGAUGAGAAUUUUGAGAUAUCAGAAACGGAUUUUUAUUCAUUCAUAUUGCAUUACUGCCCUCCAAUAGAUACCUCAAUGCCCAAUCUACCCAAUACCGUCUCAUUCUUUUUAAAUGGAGAGGUGCAAUUCAUCAAUCCCUAUGGUCAUCUACCUGGACAAUAUUUUUUCUUCAUGCCAUUCCAAGCUGUAAUGACUAUUGCUUAUAUUAUUUAUGCUGUUUGUUGGUUCUUUGUAUCUAUCAUUAACAGAAAAGAAUUUCUCAUACUUCAAUUUUACAUUACUGCUGUCUUGAUGUGUUGCUUGGCAGAAUCAGUCAUUGUCUAUUUUCAUCUAUUUUUGACAAACAAAGUUGGAUAUAUUGAUCUAGGAUACAUGAUUAUGGUUCAAUUAGCGGCAGUACUCAUGACAGUACUCCGAAAAACAUUUACAAGACUCAUUGUUCUGGUUAUUUGCUCUGGAUUUAUUGGAAAAUCGAAUGAUGAAUCUUCAGAAAAUUCAGAGAACGAAAAAGCUUCAACAGGAAUUGGAUCAUGGUCUAUCUUAUGCUUUGUGACCACUUUUGUAAUUACUUGUAGCAUUUCAGAGCUUGGAGACAUGCUCUUCUAUAGAGAGAUUAUUUCUCACACAUUCUUUUUGGUCAUGUCCAUACCUGUAUCAGUCCUGGACUUUAUAUUCUACAUUUGGUCGCUCUACUUGUUAUAUUCUACUAUGAAAAUGUACAAACCAUCGAGUCCCAGAGCUGUGACUGCCAGUGAGAGAGUUUCUCCUGAAUGGAAAAAAGCAGUCGCUCACAAUCACUACUUUUAUUUAUACCGACGAUUAAUGCUUGCCAUGAUUAUUUAUGCAGCAAUGGUCAUGCUAUUCUUGGCCUUACAAUUCUUGUACGAAUAUGGAAGAUAUUACAUAGAUGCUUGGUAUUUGAAUUGGUUUUUCGACACGGGAUCGUUCCAAAUGGCAUUUUUCUGUAUUUUCGUAUUAAUUGGAUUUUUGUAUCGUCCUGCAAAACAUAAUUCUCUCUAUCUUCAUGCAGAGCAAUUGCCAACCGAUGAAUUGGAUGCUGAAUUGAUGUUGAAAGAAGGAACGGGUCUUGAGUAUCACAGCGAUGACAGCGAUGAAAAAGACGUUGAAAUGAUGAUGAUGCACAAUGAUCCUAUGGAUGCUAGUGAAGAAUCCAAUAACCAAAAUGAAAAUGCACCCCGAAAAAGUGAAGAAAAACUUGUUUUUGUUCAAGAGCAAAGCAAUGAAGAGAAUACAGAGUAG